GAGGUGCGAUGCAUAUAAGCAAGACUUUAUGCCAUUGAUUUCACACUCGCUGGGUUGCUUCACACUUAGUGAACUACCUGGUACCAAAGUCUUGAGAAAACAUUUCAUAAUUGUGUUACAUCUCUUUAAGUCCCAAGACAUCAUGUACCAUCACCGAGUUUUCCUGUUUGUAGUGCUAUACUUAAGCACAAGAACCAAUGAAGCUUUUGAACUAGAACUGACUUCAUCCACGUCGAUAAUAGCACCCCACUUGAAAGAGUCACUGAACCUAAAAUGUAAACUCAAGGAUCCUGAGAAUUUAACUUUAAUCACUGGUCGUGCACGAAGUGUCAGAUCAAUUACUGUCAGUCGAGGGAACGAUGUGAUUGCUACAAUCUCUGCCUACGAUGAUCCUCAGAUCCACAAAGACCACCAGACACUCAGCGUUGAGGGCGAACUGAGAUAUCGCGAUGGUUACCUUGACCUGCACUGGUCGACCGCCGACACUAUGCAGGCAGGGAACUACACCUGUAGCAUUACCUUUGUUACCGGGGAACAUGCGGUGAACAAAGCCAUUACCAUUACAGCUCGACGGCCGAGCGUUGAAGAACUGUACGAUAUGAUCAUGCAGCUUAACGAAAGGGUUGACACGUCAGAGAAAGAUCUUAGUUCUUGUGAAGAAGUGGACAGCCAGACAUCUUUAAACGACGUGUUGGAUAUGAUGUCCAAACUGACCAAAAGGAUGGACGAUUCCCAAAAAGAGAUAGAAAGGCUGACAAAUGCGGAUAAAAAGGCUAGCGCAAAAUCUGUGGAUGAGCUAUCAGAGAUGGUAUCCAAGAUAAACUAUCGGGUGAAUAUAUCUGAAAACCAGAUCCAAAAGCUACGUGCUGGUGAGACAUGGAUGGAUAAGAAAAUAUCUGAGCUCAAUAGCAAUCUAAGGAAGCAAGCAAUGAGAAUCGAGACUGGCUACCAUUAUUGUGGAAACUCCAAUGAGUAUCAGUGGAUGAAAAGUGGCAGAAGAAGAUCAACCUCCCGCUUAAAUUUUCGCUCCGGGUUCGACUCUCCUCCCACAGUUUUUAUUUCAGUCAUCCAUGCCGAUACAACGAGUGCCUGGGGACAAACCAGAUAUUACAUACAGGUAGAUGAGGUUACAACAAAGGGGUUCAUUCUACUUUGUGAAACCUGGGAGUCUUCAGCUAUAUAUAACAUGGGUAUUUACUGGAUUGCUUUGAAAAAUUAAAGGUCAAGAAAUUAUAACACCUGAACUACACUUUUGGCUAUUUACGUUUAUUUUAGUAACAUUUAUAUGUAA